CCGCCCCUACCUAGUCUCAGCAGUUCGCAACAGAGAGAAGGACAGGGCUCCUCCACCAGCCAUCCUCUGGUCCUCCUCCGAACCUUUCACUUUCUGCUUGCCCAGCUCCACCUCAGCUUCUUCCCUGCAGCAUAUACACUAUAUUGCCAAAAGCAUUGGGACACCCCUCCAAAUCAUGUGAUUCAGGUGUUCCAAUCCCCUCCAUGGCCACAGGUGUAUACAAUCAAGUCCCUAGGCAUGCAGACUGUUCCUAAAAAUAUUUAUGAAAAAAUGGGUCGCUCUCAGGAGCUCAGUGACUCCAAGCGUGGUCCCGUGAUAGGUGGCCACCUGUGCAAUAAGUCCAUCCGUGACAUUUCCUGGCUACUAAAUAUUCCACGCUCAACUGUUAGUGGGAUU